AUGGAUCCGACUUAUUUCUCAGUCAAGCGAAAUUGGAGGUUGAUUGGCAACGAUUGGAAAUUGGUAAAUUUGGAAGCCCACAAAAACACAGUGCGCCAGCUUGAGGAUUUCAAGGACUUCCUUCACGUCUCGCAAGAGAGACAUCAACUGCACGUCAACUGCUCUGGAUUCGAACUCGAGGAAGAUCUUGAACACCGACCUCUCCUGGAAAAGAUUGACCAUCUAGCUAAACUUACCAGAUGCAAGCGACACACCAUUGCAACCUGCAGGGGAAGAUUGAGCAAUCAGUUCAAUGUAAAGGCACCUUUUCCAGAAACUGCCAGCAUCCCAAAUGAACAACUCCCUGUCAACUACGACUAG